AUGAGGGACAAAUACAAAGUACUCGAUUCUUAUCAACACGAUUACACUUACUUUGAAGAAAUCAGACCUGAAGAUACUAUGUUGCAGGUGCCUUUGGGUAUAGAUUGCGAAUCUGCGAGAUUAUCAGAGCAUGAGCCGAUAGAUCCUUUGAUGGAAUUCACAAAUCCGUCCAUAGAGCAUACCAGAGUUAAUAAGGCAUUUCACAAGCUGACAGUUUUCAUGAAAAACAUGAGAUAUAUAAAUUCCUUUAAUCGUCAACACAAUUCUUACAACCUCGCCAUUAAUCAUCUCGCAGACAGAACUGAUGAUGAACUAUCCGCAGUCAUGGGGUUAAAGGUCACUGGUGAAUAUAUUAAAGGAUAUAACACGGGUGAUAUAGAUGAAAAUGAUGAUGACGGUGGAGAUGAUAAUAAUAAUGACGUUAAAGGAAGCGAUAACAAUAUAGAAAGAGAACUUGAUUGGAGGAAGUUUGGAGCUAUUACUGAAAUUAAAGAUCAGACGACGCUCUGCGGCUCGUGCUACGCAUUCGUCACUGCUGCAGCGGUGGAAUCAGCUGCCUACGUUCAAAGAGGCUGCAAACACCUCGAGGAAGCUAGCGAACAGGCUGUCGUUGAUUGCAGUUGGGUAGAACGCAACCAUGGCUGUGAUGGCGGAUGGCUCGGCAAUUCCCUAGAGUGGGUUAAGCAAAAUGGUUUGCCGUUGAAGAAAGAAUAUGGACCCUAUCUGGACAUAGAAGGUGUUUGCCACGUUAUGAAAAUGACAAAAUUACUGAAAAUUAACAACUACCAGGAAAUACCGAGAAUCAAGAAAAAUAUUAAGCAUGUUGCUAAUCCAGCUAAUUAG